GUGGUGUAGGUCCAAAAUAAAUUUGAAAGGCCGAACUAGAAAAAAUUGAUUAAAAGAUUCUCGGAGAGUUUUGAAUUCAAGUUCAAGCCUGAUCUUGCAACGGUCAUCUUGCAGCGGCCUCAGAACAAAUUGCUUGAAGUGAAGCCUUAACCAUACCCAUCAACGGCCACCGUAGGUUCACAGAUGGAGGUGUGUGAAAUUUACAGUGAAGCUGAAGGGUCCGAUCCUGAUCCUUUUUCGGAUGAUUUGGAAGGAGAUCCCGAUUUUGACGUAACCGAAGAAACCAAGAGCAAGUUUUCCAACCUAUCAAUUGAAAAGAAGGCGGCUAAGACGAGUAUUUUUUAUGGUGAGGUUUCGCGGACGGAGAUUUACUCAGAAGAGCAGAAGACUGAGCCCGGUCAUGAUGAGGAAGUACAAAAUAUCAUAGAAGCGGGAGAGUUGGAGAAACUAAAAGUACCUGAAUGCAAGCUGUAUCUGAGGAAGAAUGGGCUGAGAUUGACAGGAAACAAGGACACACUCAUUCAGAGAAUUCGGGAGCAUCUAGAGAUUACAAAUGGCGGAGGGGAGUGGAAGUACCCGCCUUCUAGCUUUGUUCAGAAUUGUAAAGGUGAUGCAUGCACCGGUGAUGUUGUUCUGUUUGAGCAAAAUGUCUACGAAACGUUCAGCAUAGCAUCUAGGAGUGCCAGUGGUCCACCUUGUGGCAAGAGGAUUGUUGCAGGUCGUAUAGUGAAGGAAAGCUAUGGUGCUGAGAAGCAGCAGCAUACAUUUACGAUUGAGGUACUGUGGAGCAAGGGAGAGAAGCCUCUUCCUCCACUCUAUCCCCUGCUGAUCAAGGGUCGAAACCUUUAUAGGUUGAAGACUCUGAGACAGAGAUGGGAUGAUGAGGGGGCAAGGCGGAAAAUUUUGACGGAAAAACACUCGAGGGGAGAUGUUGCAAGGGCCAACAGAGAAGCAAGGAAACAAGAAAAGGAGAGGAGAAAAUCAAUCAGGGAAAACAGGGUUUCCAAAAAGGAGUUAUCAAGUAAUCAAGCUCAAUCACAUCCACCCACGACCAAGUCACAGUAUCAACAUCAAGAAUCAAGAUGCAUCAAUCCAGCAAACCAAUCUCAAUCACAUCCACCCACGGCCAUGUCACAGUAUCACCAUAAAGAAUCAAGACGCAUCAAUCCUGCAAACCAUUCUCAAUCACAUCCACUCACGACCAUGUCACGGUAUCAACAUCAAGAAUCAAGAUGCAUCAAUCCACCAAAACCAAAAUUUUUCUUUGACCCAGGCGAAAGGAUUGCAACAAGGCCUGACCAUUUCAAAGAGAAACUCAUUAUUAAUGAGAACUACCCUUGCAGUGCUGUGACAAACAGGUUUGCAGAAGGGACUUACCGUAGAAAACCUUUUACGAGUGCAAAUCACUUGUUUCCGUCGACCCUAAAUAGAGAAACCUUUAAGCAAAAGCAACCUUGCAAAUAUUAUGCCCAAGGGAGGUGUCAUUUUGGAGACAACUGCAAAUUUUCACAUGGUGUGAGAUCAUAGCUUUCCCCUCCUGUCCCCCCCCCCCAAAAAAAAAAAAAAAAAAAAGAGAUGUGAGACUAGAGCUUGAUCAUAUGUAAAUAAUUGCUGCCUGCUUCAUUGAACUCAAAAAAUGAAAGCUACGCAACCCAAAAUGAGGAGAGUCCCACUCAGCAACGACAAGAGGACAUUGAACCUAAGCAGGGCCUUAAACGAAACCAGGUCACAACGACAGGUACUUGUGCGAAGUUAACAUUGAAGCGUCACUAUUUGAAGUUCAAAGGUUUGUCCUAAUUUCAGGAGGGACUUACGUAGUGUUAGGUACACUAUAUGCCUAAGUUAGAUUCCAUAGCAUUUAAAGUUGCAAAUACUUUGUAUGUUGCUAUGAGUGCUGGCAUAUAGAGUCAAACUUCUGUGGUUAUCAAAUGUCAAUUUUGCUGAUCACUUUUUUUAGUUAUGAUUGGACGAUGCACCAUGUAAUGUAGCUUUACCCAUUCAAAAUUUGGUCUUGUGAAGCUUAUCUCAUUAGUUGAUCAGUUACUUUUUUGGUA